AUGGAGAUGGAUGGGCUGUAUUCUGGUUACAGACUAAAUAGACGGGCACCUCCUGUGUCCCAUCUAAUGCAGAGCGAAGUUAUCAUAAGUUUGGGUGUUCAAAAGAUGGAAAUCGAGGACAAAUAUUUGGGUAUUAAAAUUCUGAAGUGUGGCAAUAGGGUAAACUCUUAUGAUUUUCUAAUUGAGAAAUUUGAUGCUAAGUUGUGUGGCUGGAAAAAACAUUUUCUAUCUCAUGCUGGGAGGACUACUCUUAUCCAAUCAGUGCUUUCUCUGAUUCCACUAUACUACAUGGCUACUAAUUUGGUUCCUAAAGCGAGAUUCUUAUCCGUACCUGACACUCUUUGGGGGAAAUUAUUGCAAGCAAAAUAUCUAAGAGGGAAUUCUUUCUGGAUUGUUAACAAACCUCAGAAGUGUUCAUCCACUUGGUCAGCGCUUCUUGAAUGCAGGAAGUACCUCAAAAAUGGAUGUCUAUGGCUUAUUGGUGAUGGUUCUUCAAUCAAAGUUUGGUCUGAUCCAUGGAUUGCUUCCGUUCCAGGACAUACUCCUCCGAUUCCCACUAACGGCACUCUACAGGUUAUCACUGUUAAAGAUUUGAUUAUCGAAAUAGAUAAAAGUUGGAACAUGGACCUGGUUAACCAACUGUUUGAUCCUUUCAUUGCUGCACAAAUUGGUUCCAUUCCUCUCUGCAGAGCUGCAUCCGAAGAUAAACUCAUAUGGAGUCUCACCAACCAUGCUAGCUCCAAAAAUAAAAUUCUUGUAUGGAGGAUUAUUCACCAAAGUGUGGGUACUCUACACAAACUUGGGAAGGUUAUCGGAGGUAUGCCAACAGAAUGUCAGUUCUGUGGAAAUAAUCAGAAACGAUUGACCACUUAUUCCUUAACUGUCAACUCUCCAAAGCAAUCUUGUUUGGAUCCCCUCUCACCUACAGAACUGUUGACGACGACUCUUUUACUGUCAAGCAAUGCCUGUCACGAUGGUUGAACAUUCAGGAUAAUGGGUACACUUUUUGUUUAAGAGCGUGCCUAUUCUGGGCUAUUCGGAGGGCUCGAAACAAGCUACACUUUGAGCAUAUCAUACCCCAAAUCCAGACGGUCAUUAGCGAUGCUUCAUAUUGGUUCAAUACAUGCUUUCGAAUGGAUGACACCAGUGAUUCCGCAAAUAUCAUUGAUGUAAUUAGCGAUACAGUGCAGCUGGAAAUUUUGGCUUGGUGCCCUCCACCUGAGAACUUCAUCAAGAUUAAUGUUGACGCGGCCAUCCUCUUGGGGAAAUCUGCAGCUGCUGCUAUUGCACGAGAUCACAAUGGUAACAUUGUCGCCGUUUCUACUGCUAUCUACAACCAAACUUUCCCUCAGGUGGCAGAAGCAUAUGGUUUUUUAUUAGCUGUGGAGCUGGGACACAAACUGCAUCUUCAAAGUAUAAUUGUUGAAGGCGAUUGCCAAACUGUGGUGAAGGUAUUGAAUGGUGAAGCUGGUCAUACUCCUUGGAGAAUUCUGGGAACAAUUGAAUGUAUUACUUUCUUGGCUGAUCAGUUUUCGUCUAUUUCGUAUAACUUUGUAAAGAGAAGAGCUAAUUCUGCUGCUCAUAAUCUUGCAUCUUAUGCUGUGAAGCAUAAUGUCCAGAACUGUUGGACAUCUGCCCAAAUCCCUUCUUUUAUUCUGGAUAGUCUUUCUACUGACGCUGUCCUGAUCUAGUUCAGUUUUCUUUUUCUUCUUGUUUGGGUUUUGUUGUCAACUACCAAAAAGAAAAA